AUGGCUCAAAAGGAGGGAGGCGUAGCGAAGAAAGGAGAAGAAGGCACGAAGUUCGCCCUUUCCCUCCUCGAAGAAUUCGAACUCCCGAUGGGCCUUCUCCCUUUAGCCGACGUUGUCGAGGUGGGCUUCGUUAGGCCCACGGGCUACAUGUGGAUCGCUCAGCAGAAGAAGGUGGAGCAUAACUUCAAACUGGCGGGAAAGCUGGUGAGCUACGGUACGGAGAUAAACGGAUACGUGGAGAAGAAGCGGAUUAAGAAGCUGAAGGGGGUGAAGGCGAAGGAGCUCAUGUUGUGGCCACCGGUGAACGAGAUUGCCGUCGAUGAUCCUCCCACCGGAAAAAUUCAUUUCAAGAGCCUCGCCGGGGUUACCAAGACUUUCCCCGUUGAGGCUUUUGCGGCGGGCCAGUAGUAAUUUGGGCCUUUCGAUGUGAUUAGUGGGCUGGGCUCUUCGAAAGACUUUGGUGACGUGUCGUUGCUUUGAUGCUUUUUAAGUGUUCGGUGUUUAAUGGGCUUAUAACUGGGCCUGGUGCUGGGUUGUAGG